AUAUUCUCUUGUGUUGUUUUGUGCUAGGAUUAUAUCAAGAUGCCGAGACGUUGUGAAUUAGGAUGUGAACCUUCUGGUGCUCCACUCCAUGUUUUCCCGGAUCCGGCCAAAUAUCCUAAGCGGUUUAGGGCAUGGGUAACUAUUGUUGGUGGAAAAUUGGAAACACGUCAUGAUUAUGAAGAUUAUAGAAAGAGGAAACUUUGUGACAUUCAUUUUACAAAUAAAGACCGAAAUCGUAAUCAUCGGUUAAAUGCAUUAGCAGUUCCAUCUUUACAUUUACCUAGUAGGAUUCUUGCUAUUGCACAGCAAGAAACAAAUAUAAGCUCUGUUUCUGAAAGCUUAUCUACUGGGCCUUCAACUUCUUUCACAGUUAGAAGGCCAACCAGGUCUCUGCCUCAGCAUUGCUUAGCAGCAAAUUGUUACUGCUAA